AUUACAUUGCGUGAUCGGCGGUGCACGCAUCAGUAGUCCGGAGAACGGUAAACGAAAUACACGUGUUGUUUAAGUUUUUUAAUGUGUCCAGACGGACGUUCGCGGGACGAACGAUUUCGAAGAAAGAUCUUUAAAUUCUGACCUUUUAAAACGAUCUAUGAUAGAAAUUUUUUAUCGAAUUACAAUAGCCAUUGCCAAAUGUAUCGGUAUAUUAAAAGAAAUGAAUCAUUGAUCGCCAUGCUUUUUUACGAAGCUAUUCGAAAUGUCGAAUUUCGUCAAUAAUAUUAAAAAAUUUCAUUCGUGACGACAUAAGCAAGAAAAAAAAGGAAGAGACAAAGAGAGAGAGAGAGAGAGAGAGAGAGAGAGAGAGAAAGAGAGAUUAUAAGAAAAUUUGAAUGAAAAAGAAAGAUCCGAAAGAUGAGAUUGAAUAAUUUAUUAAGCGAGAGAGGACUGCUCGUUUUAAUGACGAUCGUAUCAGCUUUGUUUGAUCUUUACGUGAUCGCCGAUGACGAUAACGUAUCGACGAUGGAGCGCGCGAAAAAGGCACGAAUGGUGAAGAAGCUUAAAAGAGAUUUUCGAAAGUUAAAAAAGCAAGAGGGUGCGAUAAAGUUGGUCGGUGGUGAGAAUGGCGAUUACGAAGGUAAUAUAGAGAUAUUGCACGAGGGUAAAUGGGGUAGUAUUUGCGACGACGAAUGGGAUUAUUUGGAGGCCAAUGUGGUUUGCAGACAAUUAGGGUUCGACGGUGCAAUUAAACCGACGACCAACGGUUAUUUUGGACAGGCCAAAAGAAAGUACUGGAUGGAUAAUAUUUAUUGCGACGGUACAGAAGAGGAACUUUCCAAAUGUCGUUUCGAUGGAUGGGGAAAUUCUGAUUGUGAGAGCAACGAGGCUGCCGGUGUUAUUUGUUCUCACGAAGAAGAAAAAUUGUCAUUGUCUUCCUCGUUUAAAGAGAAACAAGAAAAGUCAAGGAUCAAGGAUGUGCAUCAGCAGGGCAUGGCCUUACGAUUGGCUGGAGGUCGAGUUCAUAACGAGGGUAGACUUGAAAUUAAACUGGGCACAGCUGAUUGGGGUGUCGUAUGUGGCGACGGCUGGUCCCUCUUCGAAGCAGGGGUGGUCUGUCGUCAACUAGGCCUUGGCUACGCCUCCGACGCGACACAAAGCAACUAUUUUGUCGGCGAGACUAUACCCAUAGCGAUUAGCGGUGUACGGUGUCAUGGGGAUGAAAAGAAUCUGGUUGAAUGUUUACACGAUAGAAUUUCUGAUUGUUCAGGUGGGAACGAGAAUGUAGCGGGUGUAGUGUGUUCUCGAGAUAUGCCUGAUCUCAUUUUUGAUCAUAUCGAGUUAAUGAGAACAGCACAUUUGGAAGAUCGUCAGCUUUACUGGCUUCAAUGCGCUAUGGAAGAAAAUUGCGUGGCUUCGCGCGCGUACAAAAUUCAAAAGGAAUCAUAUAAUUGGCAUUUUGAGAGCAGAAGGCUCUUGAGGUUUACCGCAAGGAUUUUAAAUGCCGGAACCGCUGACUUCCGACCAGCCGUGCCUAAACAUUUAUGGGAAUGGCACAUGUGUCACAUGCAUUAUCACUCUAUGGAAGUCUUCGCUACAUUUGAUAUCAUCGACUCGAGUGGCAAGAAAGUGGCAGAGGGUCACAAAGCAUCCUUUUGUUUGGAGGAUAAUCAAUGUAUUCCAGGAGUUGUGCCACGAUAUAAAUGUGCUAAUUACGGUGACCAAGGAAUCUCCGUUAAUUGUAGCGACAUAUACAAACACAAUAUCGAUUGUCAGUGGGUGGACAUUUCCGAGUUAGAACCAGGACAAUAUACGCUUAAGGUCGCUGUUAAUCCGGAGUUUAAGGUCGGCGAAAUGUCGUUCGACAAUAACGCAGCGAUCUGUCGUUUGCUUUAUACCGAAACAUUCGCAACUGUGCAUAGUUGCGUCAUGGGACGACCUUGAUAUGAUCCAAUGAAAUUAUAAUAAUACUCUUGUUAUCUAAAUUUUCGAUAGGACAAUGCAAACUGAGAGGCUGCUUAUCAUUUUUUCCUCAUACACCCUUUAUCUCUCUCUCUCUCUCUCUCUCUCUCUCUCUCUCUCUCUUUCUCUAUUUAUCUAUUUCUCUCUGUCUUAUCAUAAAAUUUUUAUUAAUUCUCAUAGAUGAUGUUUACGAUUUUUCAGAAAUAAAAUCGAACGAUACACUUUAACUAUUGUAAGAAUAAAUCUAUAUAAAAAAGAGGACGCCGGUCGUUAUCGCAUAGCAAACGAUCGAUCGUCUAACGUUGCUAUACUCUCUAGCUGUCUCUCUCUCUCUCUCUCUCUCUCUCUCUUUCUUUAUUCCUUGCACUCCGAUGAUCGGUGUAUACGAUGCAUAAAGUGGACGCUAUUUUAGACUAUUAUAGGUAGCUGACGUAAAAGCAUUCUUUAUUCUUCCAUAGUGUAGACGACAACAAAGUAGACACUAUGACUCCAUGAAUUUACACUGGUUACAUAUUGCACUUAAUUCGUUUCACGUUUUAGUAUAGAAUCAUUCGCUGUCUAUCUAUCUCUCUAUCUUCGUAUACUAAUUGAUACGAAUGAUCGAGACACAGAAAGAGAGAGAGAGAGAGAGAGAGAGAGAGAGAGAGAUUUUAUUGUGUUCUCAUCCACAAAAUUACAACACGCCUUUGGAAUUGCAUUUUAACUAGGUUUUGUCUUUUCGAAGGACGAUCGAUCAGCGGUUUCUAUGAUCGAUGUAUCGUUGCAGAAAAUAAAAGGAAUAGAGAGAGAGAAAGAGAGAGAGAGAGAAGAAAAAUUGUUAUAAUGGAUAGUUAUGCAUCAUGUGUAAAAUAAUACUCAUUUUGAAAUAAAAUAAAUGUAUGAUCGACAAUGAUGAUGAUGAUCGAUGAUCACGAUUACGUAGAAAAACAAAAAUUUUGACGAGUACAAUUAUAAUUUUUUUCUUUCUCCGCAUAAUUACAUAAUUGGAAUUUUUCUUAUUAAUUAUUAAAAAUGUUCUUAUGAUUAUCACACAGGCAUACACACAUACAUAUGUGUGUGUGUGUAUAUAAAAAUUGUAAUUUUCUUUGUUCAAAUAUCUUCAGAUUGAUUUUGACAUUAAUUUCAUAUAUGUCUGUACACACGUUUGUUUAUAUUUGUUGGUUUAUAUAUAACUAAAGAAUGUAUAUAAACGUGAUGAUUAUAUUUUGAAGAAGUUCAAAAGAGGUGAAUUAAAAAAAAAAAAAGAAAUACAUUAAUUUGUGAGUUCUAUCUGGCAGAAGUAUCAUAUAAAAGUUUUAAAAUAAAUUUUUAUCGCUUUUACUUUGCUACAUGACAGAAAAGAGAAAGAGAGAGAGAAAGAGAGAGAGAGAGAGAGAGAGAGAGAGAGAGAGAGAGAGAAAGAGAAAGAGAAUAGUCCUUUUUAACGAGUUUAAGGUUUAAGCGUUUAAAUUAGUUUUGUUAGGCUAGAAUCUAAUUAACUCGAUGCUUACCCGAGCCAAGCUUGUCGUUUUUUGUCGUCUUUAUGAGCAACCUACGCGCUUCGACUUUCAUAAUAUUAACGCUAUUACGUCGGUACAAAACGUACAUCCGAUAACUAAAUCAGUCGGACUUGGAUACAUACAUUCAUGUACAUAUGUACACAUAAAUAUAAAUAUGAAUGCAAUUGUAUUAUAAAUUGUAUAUAUAUAUAUAUAUACCUAUGGAUUACAAUAUGUAAUAUAUCUAUAGAUAAGAAUAA